AUGGCCUUUCCAGCUCCAAUCUUGCGAAGGCCUUUGCAGAGUCCGACGCUCCUUCGGCGAUGCUAUGCAAUGCCUGCUUCGCAGUUGUCGCUAACGGAAACGAAUCUCCAGGAUAGUUUCGGGACGCUUAUAACCGUCCCAUCCAAAGCAGCAAUACACUCUCCGGACGUGGGCCGAGUCUUGCGCAGCAAGUGGAUCGAGAGGCGACUGCUUGUGAUUCGUGGCCUUGAGGACCUCACGCCGCAUGACCUGGUGACCCUCAGCGCUCACUUUGGCCCAUUGGGACCUGUGCCUGCAGGUCGAGCUCAUGCAUCUCUCGGCCCAGGCAAUGCUGUACUCCGAAUCGGGAAUGUCCGUGAUGAAGCGGGCAACCUGGUCUCCCAGCCGUCGUCGUCAAAGGACGAAAUUCUGGCCGAGAAUGGCUCCUGCCAAUACCGUCCCAAAGAGCGGUUGCCAGUUUGGCAUACAGAUGGCACUUUCAAAGAGACGCCAGAAGCAGGCACUGCACUGUUCUGCCGCCAGGCACCUCCCAGCGGUGGCGCGACGUGUUUUGCAGAUGCAGUAGCAGCAUGGAGAGAGUUGUCCCUGGAGAAGCAGGAACGCUUGCAGAAGCUGAUCUGCAUCUGCAGCUUGGCGCACCACGACGCGAAGAUCAGACGUCGCAAUCCGGCUUAUCCAACGAUGCCGCAUGAGGAGCGAUGCCGGAAUCCCGCGCGCCGUGUGCCCCUUUGCCUCCAGCAUCCAGAAACGGGCCGGUACUCCAUUUAUGGUAUCAAUUCCAGCACGUGCUCGCUCGUCGACAAGGGGCAAGAGAUGUGCCCUUCAAAGCUGCGCCACUACGAAGAAACUGGCGAAGAGGAUGCUUCAGUUGCCAUACUUCGGGAUCUUUUGGUGCAUGCCACUGCACCUCAAUUUACUAUCGUGUGGAACUGGCUGCCUGGAGACUUUGCAAUUUGCGACACUCGGUCUACCAUGCAUUGUGCCACCUCGUACGAUCAGAACUUCACCCGGGAAAUGUGGCGGACAACAAUCAUGCCUGAUCCAGGCUUUGCUGUCAGCUUUGAGGCUUGCUGA